GUUCAGCAAGAAAGGGAACGUUUUUGGAGAGACGUUGCAACUUGACGCCACAUUUUCUUCAUAUAUCAUCUCAAUAAAGUAAAGUAUGGCGACAGGCGUCCAACAUGACCUGAUGAAGCAGGCACAGUGCUUUUGGUCAAUGCUGGAUGAGCUUGCAGAGACCGAUGAAGAUGCAUACAGGAAGUUCAUGGCCACAAACCUCCAAAGAGGACAGCAAGAAUUGACACCGGCCAAGCCAUGGAUGUGUGUCAAGACCCGUAUCAUGGAAUUUGACUCUUCUAGUCACAGACACUACGAGUUACGUCUGCCACUACCAGAGAUAGUACAAGAAGAUGAUUCCACAGCCAAAGUCAGCAGACCACGUCAUCACUCACUGUUGCCAUGGCAACCAGGACUGGUUUCCUGGAGUCGGGUGACUGAACUGUGUACCAUCCCUGCAGGAUGCAACGUCCAGGGAGUGAGUGAAUGCUCAGCAUUGGAGACCUGGGCCCCUGGGUAUCACGCAACUGGCUGGUGAUAACUUUACAAAUCCAUCAGUUUCAUUGGUGGAUAUCGAGUGGGUGCGGCACAAAGAGAUCACGUGCACAUUCAACAUGCACAUUUCGAUACCGAAAGCCAUCGUAUAUAAGAUUUUGCAUGCGAGAGUUUCAUCAGAUUGAGGACGUCGCAUUCAGCCGGCCUUUGCAUGCCUUCAUUUUAUGAAGUCUGCUCGCUAACAUUGAGUUGUACUUGGACGGGAGUUUUUGCAUCUUUAAAGAGUGUAGCCCUCCAUUUUUCACAAAAAAGGAAAUAGUUUGCUGAUGUUGGAACCUGAGACCAGUCUGACCAACAAUGGGAAAUCUUCGGAGUAGAUUCGCUCGAAGAGGAAGAAAAUCGGAUGAUGAGCCUCCCCAAGUUCCAGAAACAAACUUGGAUGAUGAGCACCCCCAAGUUCCAGAAACAAAUGUGGACGAUGGGAAGCCCCAAGUUGCAGAAGAGGCAUCUUCACCAGCAGUUGAAGACAUUCCUGCUACCCAUCCCCAAACAAACUUGGAUGAUGAGCACCCCCAAGUUCCUGGUAUCACUGAGCCCGUUCUACGCAAGAUCUCUGAGAGGCUUGGCUCUGAAUGGCGGAAGCUGGCUACACAUCUCGGUUUAAGCGCUGCAGAGAUCGAGCACAUCGUGAUGGAUGACCCAGGCCAGACAGAGAACCAGAUCUUCAACAUGCUGGUCAAAUGGAGGCGCCAACAAUCCACUAGCACGGAUCAGAGGGACGUGUUAUGCACAGCUCUGAUGGAGAUCGGCAGAAGGGACAUUGUUGAAGACCUGAUAGAAAUCACCGGACUCCAGGGGCCGUAUACCUUUGCGUAUUUUCAACAACAAAUUAUCGACAACUACAAGCAAACUGCAACGACUAUCCCUGCACACCCAACACUGCAGUCACGUCAAGUGGGUAUUGAGGAAUUCUUUAUUCCUUUACAACUCAAAAAGAACAUUCCAGGCAAAACAAAAUCAGAGAGGUUGGUGACAUUACCAGAAGGAAAAUUAUUCUUGGAUGAAGCACUAUAUGACAUUCUUAAUUCCUUGGACGAUUUGUUCAAUCAGGAAAUAGUUAAGGAAAUCAAGAUUCUUGUUGUUGGCGGGGCCGGGACGGGUAAAUCAACCCUGUUAGUGAAAGUUGCAAACUCCUGCAUCACACUUGGUUCAAAACCCCUAUUUGGUAGAUUCUAUCUCGUGCUUUGGAUAAAGCUGAGGCAAAUGCAGCAAUCUAGUUGUGUCUUGGAUGCCAUAUUUGACCAAAUUCUAGCUCAAGACACCAAACUGACAAAACCCAUAGUGAAAGGGUUUAUUGCUGCUCAUGAAUCACGCAUUGCUUUGCUGUUGGACGGAUUAGAUGAAAUUCCGUCUCAUGUUUUGCAAUCUAAGGAGGGCGAGUACAGGGUUCAGGAUAUCUUACACAACAGAGUCCUUACAAAAAUGUUUGUGCUGGUCACCACCCGACCACACAUGGUCGAAUCAGUACUCAGGCGUCACCCGAAAUUUGCCCAGGUGGAGACAACUGGCUUCAAUCCACAAAACAGGGAUCAGUACAUCAGAUUAAACCUUCCUGAUGAUGCUGACAUGGGAAAGGCAUUGGUUUCAUAUCUGAAAACCAAUCAACAUCUCUGGGAAAUGUCGAAAGUUCCAAUCAUUUCCCAGAUGAUGUGCCUUGUUUGGAAGAAUCAAAAGUCAUUGCCUGAGAGAAUUACUGAACUGUUUGCAAAGUUUGCAGAGGUUCUUUUCAUUCGCCGCAAUGAAGAAAUGGGUGAUCAGCACAUGAUGUCCAUCAUGAUGUCCAUCAUUGAUGACUUGGGGCGUGUUGCAUUGCAAGGGUUACUAGACUCUAGCGGGGAAAGACUCAUGUUCAAUGAAACUGAAUUUCAGAAUUGUCAGUCUUCCUUAGCUGAGGGUUGUCGUGUGGGUUUCGUUCAAUGUGAAACGUUCACUAGUGGUCUGGAUGUAAAAACGUUGGUCACUUUCCCCCACAAGUCCAUCCAAGAAUACUUUGCAGCAUGUCACCUGGUGAAAUUGCUACAAGAUGACGAAAACAAUUUCCGUCAUCAGUUGAAGCAGAUUGGAGAAGGCAAUGUUCUUGCGAUGGAAUACCUGCUGAGAUUUUGUUGCGGUAGAUCAAGGCAGGCUGCUGGUCUCAUUCUGGAUCACAUACAAGAGAUGCAAGGUGAUGAGGAGAAACUGCAGAGAUUGGCUCGGUUGUCAUUGUUGGAGUCUGGUUCAGAGGAGUUGGCUACCAAACUUGUCAGACCAACUAGUGUAAAGUGCAAGAGUAAUGAAGACCUGAAAUCACUCAGCUACUACUUACAGCAUGUCACUCCACCACUUGAAGGUACAUUUUUUCACAUGUAUGUAAGAAAGCAGGUGCUUACCCUUCUCAGGGGAAUUCUUCUGAGUGACAGCAUGAAGUCAGCUAGGCUGACGAAUGUUUACUACUACUUGUCUGAGCAAGAGGAGGGGGAGCUUAGCCUCCUUGAGGAAACACUUGGUGUGGUGGAUGAACAGCGCCGUGCUCAAUUACACAUUUCGGUUUGCAUUGAGGCAAAGUCAUGGUUUGACGUGGGGCGUGUAUCACACAGCUUUUUCCGCAGGCAGGAACAAACAGGCAUCCAUGGUUUGCGUAUGCACCAACGAUCACCGGAUGAGGUUGUUGAUCUAUUGAAAGCACUGGAAGGAUGCAGGUUGUUUUUGCUCACUCUGUUUGACACCAACCUGCAUGCACGGUUGCGAGAUGUCAGCCACAUCCUGUCAUCCCUUACACACUUGCGGCUCAGUGCAUGCAGGUUGGUAGAUGAUGAUGUGAAGGACCUGAUCAGCAUCCUUCCUGCUGGGUAUGGUUUAGAAUGGCUUAACCUUGAUGGCAAUGCAUUCAGUUUGGAUGCAGUGAGGGCUCUCACCCAUCAUCUCCAAGGUCUCCCUAAGUUACGUGUGUUGACACUUUGUAACAUCGGCCUCGAUCCUGAGCUCGUCGGACAAUUUGUCAGUCAAGACCUCCCUCGCCUGAAGGAAACAGAAGAGGGAAUAUUCCGAGCCUACAUAAUCUCCCACCAAGUCAUAACUCUCACCCUGUUCCCUAUGAAUGCACCACUCUCAUAAGCCGCAUUAAAUUGAAAUGAGUAGCACCUAUCAUGGGUCAUUUUAUGUGAAGUCAAUGCUCUGCAGCCCCCCCCCCCCCCAGAAAAAAAAAGAUUACAAAAAAAAAACCAAUCAAUAACAACUUUACUUUCAGAGGACAAUAAGGGGCUUGAUAAUGAAUGAAAAAGUCAACAAAACAGUUUCAAUACAAAUACAGUAUUUGGAAUCCUCUUACAUUAUGAAUACAAAUAUACCCAGCAUAGUUCUUCAUGCUACUGAACCUCCAUCCUCCAAAAAUUCAAUCCAUCAGUUGAUCAAUCCAUCAGUUGAUCAAUCAAUCAGUGUGAAAAGUCAAACAACAAUUCCUGUACAAAAUGAUUCAUUGAAAUCUUCAAACAUAAUAGCACUGCACUAAGCAUUCUGGGUGUCACUUGAAAGUGAUAUUAAAUUGACCUUGUAUCUUGGGUGACCUCUGAGUACUAUUAUAAAUCUACAAUCUAAUCGUCAAUUAAACAGGAGAAUCCACCUCUCCUUUCCAUUUCUUUUGAGAAAAUAUCUUGAAUCGCAUCAUCUUAGGUGAAAGUUGUGUGAGAUGUCUUCAACUUUUAUGACAAAGGCCUCCUCCUACCCUGUUAUCCGAUCAAUGUAGUAAUAUGGCAUUCCAACAAACUAAUGUGACCACACGCAAAUGGCUGCACGACACCCUUCUAUAGACCAGUGCUGUGCAAAACUUAGUAUACAGAAUAAUACUCCAAACCUCGGGUACUUCUGAAUUGUUUUGCGUUUGCCUUAUGUACAAAUUCAGAAAAUUCUCGCAACUUCACGCCUUUCAAACAGACGUUUCUUUUGAGUGUUUGUGCUUCAUUCUUUAUCAAAUCAUUUGUGUAAAUUAAUGUAAAUUAUGCAUAAAAAGACAAAAAUUAUGAUUCCAGUUUGCUAACUUUAUUAUAGAUCUUUAACCUUGACUGUUUAUGUAAUAUACCUUUAAAGUGGUGCAGUUGUGUAUGGACAGUAUAACAUGGAUUUUGUUUACUAUUCAACUAUAGGCGUAUGUCCAUAUUGAGAGUUACUAAACCAGUGUUCAUACUGUCAAACAAUUCAUGUAUAAUAUAUACAUGUAGAAUGUUGCAUUGCCAAAUGACGCAUUUUUGUCAGAGGACAGUCAUGUUUGCUCAUUCAGGACCAAUCGUUGCAAUUGUUGUAUAUGCUAAAAUGUUACUGGAUUUUUGAUUAUGUUGAAAUAGGUACAAGUGGACAAUUUGCUUGUUUUUAUCAUUGCAAGCCUCUUCAAAGUAUUGAUUGACACUAGAUUUGUUUGUUCCAAGUAUGAUCAAUAUUCUGUACAAAAACUGACAUUUUUGUUUCUAACAGUUUUGAUAUUUUGCAGUUGCCUAGGUGAUAACAGCCGUUUAUAACAUGCCCAAAUGCAACUGUUGCAUUUAGUAAAAGCAGUUCUGCAGGAGAGAAAGUAUACUUUGAAUCAACUUUUUAAUUUAUUUACAUUGGAAAUGUAAACUGAAUGUAAAUAAGUUUAACUGUUGUUGCUGGCAUGACACAUGAAAGAAGAUUUUGAUUAAAAUGAGAUUUACACACUGUGACUGCAAAGCCAAACUGAUUGCAAUUUUAAAUGAUGGGGAUUUUUGUAGUCAUUAAUUUACACAUUUCAAGGAAUAUGGGAUGGGAUCAUUGGCAUUUAUCCCAAAAGUAACCUACCGAAUUGUAAACAAAAAGCUCACUUGGAUUAAAGAUCGUACUGGUACUAAACACCCUGUGAAAUUAUUCCAUCUGGCUUGCUGUCAUUAAGAAGAAAUCAAGAAAUGUAGGUGAUUUCCAAUGAUAAGUCAAUUGACUGGUGUUCGGAUUUAAAAGAGUUCUAUGGACGAAAUCACUUUUAUUGAUGAAAAGUUUGUACAUGGAUAUUUCACUCUUUUCUUGAAAAGUGUAAUAUCCAAACCUUCAACAUGUUAGGUUUUGAGUAUUCUUCUGUGGAACAGUGAUGAUAUUACAUGUAUUGGAAAUGAACAAAAUGCAUGAAAUGCAAAUGUUCCUAUAUGCCUUUAAGCCAUGGUUUACAAACUACAUAAUUGUGAUUUUUUUAUCUUGUGAUCAUUAAUGUGCAACUCUGUAAGAUAAGGUCAUCACUCGGCCACGGACUCCAAGUCAAGAUAAUCUGCUGACUUCUGGAUAGUUUGAUUUCUGUUUCACGUUUGCUGAAAUUGAGUGAAAUAAAACCUUCGCUCUUUAUAGAGAACAUUGUAAUAGUUCCUGAAACUUCUCCAACCAGUGACUGUGCUUUAAAAUAAUAAUAAAACACCUGAUAAUAAUGAAUUAAAUGAUAUUUCCACCAUUUGUAAGUUGAUUUAGUUUUGAUACGGUUAACUGUGAGAGGAGAUUUUGUUGAAAAUUUGUACGUUAUUUGUAUCAUUUGUUAUUAAUUGGUGCAGAAACAUUUCUGAUCUCUUUUCUUUUUUUUCCCAGAUAUUUGAGGCAAAGUUUAAGACCAUCAUCAGGGAUUAGUAUUUGACAUUGUGUACUUUGUAUGAUUAUUAUCGUGUAAUAAAUCAUUGCAUGCAAUGACUUGAGUCAAUCAA